CUAUACCAGCCCAUAAACCGCGAGACCCCCGUAACUUACCGUCGACGACAAACAAUCUAUUUUGAAUUCAUAACAACUCCUUUCGAUUCAAUAAUUGAACUACUUGUUAGUUUUUCCGGCCGAUUUUGAUUUUACACACGCAUGUGGAAAUACUUCGUCUGAAAGGCGGGAAUUGUAGGUGAACAAUCGAGUACAUGCAUGAUGGGAGCUGUCGCACUCGCACAACGUACGCUUUUCGACCACUGUUGUCUGUUCUACACCGCGAGACUGGACAUGCAAAAGACGACGAGCCUAAGAAGCUGUACAAUGAAAAUGAUACCAGUGGUGAAAUUCAGUGAAUUCACAUUCAUUGCUUCCAACGGGGAUGACGAUGUAUUAUAUAUAUAUAAUUAGCUUGCAUACCUAUUGUAUGCAGCAAUCUGUUAGGUCUCCAAAAGAAAAAGAGUGAUCAUUAGUAAUACCAGAGAGAUGAUGAGUUCUUCUUCACGAGCUUGGUGGCUAUUUGCAGCUGUAGCUGUAGUAGUACUUCUUCAUCAGCUUUGCUUCCUUCCUGCUACUACAGCGGCUGCCUCCAAAAUCAUUCCGAGCAACGAGACGGAUCGAAUGGCGUUGUUGGAGUUCAAGUCCAUGAUUUCUGGCGACCCUUUGGGGGUUUUGAGCUCGUGGAAUGAUUCCACCCACUUCUGUCAGUGGUAUGGUGUGUCCUGUUCCAAAAGACACUUUGGGAGAGUGAAGGUCUUGGAUCUCAGUUCCGAAAGACUCUCGGGCUCCAUCUCGCCACAUGUUGGCAACCUCAGCUUCCUCACGAAGCUGGUUCUUUUGAACAACAGCCUGAAUGGAGGAAUUACUUCAGAAAUUGGGCGCCUCCGCAGAUUGCAAGAACUCAACCUCUCCGACAACUCGCUCGAGGGUGAGAUCCCGUCCAACAUCUCGGGAUGCUCUGCCCUUACGAUAUUCGAUGUAUCGCGAAACAAAUUGGUGGGACAGCUACCAUGGGAGCUUGGAUCCUUGAGCAAACUCCAAUUUUUUGCUGGAUCAGACAACAAUCUAACAGGAAGCAUCCCCCACUCUAUUGGCAAUUUGUCAUCUCUGGUGGAUUUCUACGCACCAAACAACCAUUUGAGUGGGAGAAUUCCCGAUUCUCUUGGCCAAUUGAAGAGUGUUCUAAGCUUGACUCUGAUGUUCAACAACUUACAUGGUGAGAUCCCUGCUUCCAUUUUCAAUCUCUCUGCCCUUUUAACUCUAUCCUUUGGAUUCAACAAGCUCCACGGCAAUCUUCCUAGAAACUUGGGAAUAUCACUUCCAAAUCUUCAAUGGUUAGAUGUGGUUGACAACCAAUUUAGUGGCAGUAUUCCUCCUUCCUUAUCCAAUGCCUCCAAUUUGGUUCAACUUCAACUGGCCACCAAUAAUUUUACCGGUAGCAUGCCUAGUAUGGGAAGCUCUCACAAACUUGAGCACUUAAUCAUCUACAAAAACUCUCUUGGAAGUGGAAAAGCUGACGAUUUGAGUUUCCUCUCCUCUUUGACUAAUUCUAGUAGCUUGAAAAAAUUGAUCAUCCAUAAGAAUCACUUUGGAGGCAGUUUACCAGAACAAAUUGGCAACUUGUCAAAAAAUUUAGAGAUGUUGAGCAUUGGUGGUAAUGCAUUAGAAGGAAGCAUUCCAAGUGGAAUACAAAAUAUCGUCAACAUGCAACGGUUGGAUGCAUCAUACAACAAUCUUACAGGUACCAUCCCGUUCGUCAUCGGCAACAUUCAAUCUCUACGAAUGUUGGAUUUGAGUGGAAAUAGAAUUUCAGGAUCUAUUCCACCAACGUUUGGUAACCUGACCGAGUUGAUUCAUUUAUCUCUAUCUGAUAAUAGUCUAUGUGGUGAAAUUCCCCAAGUUUUUGAGAAUUGUCGAAAUUUGGUAUCCGUACAUCUUGCGUGCAACAACCUGAGUGGUAAGAUUCCCCCACAAAUCAUAAUGAGUUCUACCUCAUUAGUCUACUUAAACUUCUCUCAUAAUCAUCUCAUUGGUGCCCUUACGACUGAAGUAGGAGGACUUGUAAAUUUGGAGGUAUUGGAUCUGUCUCAUAACAUGUUGUCAGGUGAAUUACCAACUUCUCUUGGUAGUUGUGCAGUAUUGGGGUCACUGUAUUUGCAAGACAAUCUUUUGCAAGGAAUCAUUCCUUCUUCUCUUGGUUCAUUGAGAGGUAUUCAAGUGCUGGACAUCUCUGGCAACAACUUAUCUGGUCAAAUUCCAAAAUCGUUUCAAGAGAUGAAGCUAUUGCAGCUUUUGAAUCUGUCUUACAACAAUCUCGUGGGUGAAGUGCCAUCAAAUGGAGUCUUUAUGAAUGCCAGCAUCAUUUCACUCGUUGGAAAUGACAAGCUCUGUGGUGGUGUGGCUAAACUUAGCCUUCCACCUUGUAGCAACAGACCAAAAAAGAAGACAUUAUUGAGCCAUAAGUCGAUCAAGAUUGUCGUAUUGGUAGUCAUCGGUCUAUUGUUUUUGGCAUUCAUGGGUUCUUGCUUGCUUAUCUUUUGGUUUAGGAAGAGGGGAAAACGAGAUACACUUUCCGCUGAUGAUUCACAACUGCUAUUGUCCUACCACGACCUCCAUAAAGCUACAGAUGGUUUCUCCGCGGCAAAUCUUAUCGGUGUGGGAAGCUUUGGUUCCGUGUACAAAGGAUUCAUCGAAGCAAAUGGGAUUGGAAGCACUGUCGCUGUGAAAGUGUUCAACCUUCAGCGCAACGGAGCUUCCAGGAGUUUUAUGGCAGAAUGUGCAGCCUUGAAGAACAUCAGGCACCGAAAUCUUUUGAGGAUACUCACAGUGUGUUCAGGUGUUGAUUAUCAAAUGGAUGACUUCAAGGCUCUCAUCUACGAGUUCUUGGCCAAUGGUAGUCUGGAAGAAUGGUUGCAUCCAGUGGGAAGUAGUACAAAUGAGCCUCCAAGAACCUUGAGUUUCCUCCAGAGGUUCAACGCCGCAAUAGAUGUUGCUACUGCAAUGGAUUAUCUUCACCAUCAAUCUGGAACGCCUAUUGUUCAUUGCGACCUGAAGCCGAACAAUGUGCUGCUUGACGAGGACAUGGUAGCCCAUGUUGGUGAUUUUGGGUUGGCAAGAUUCCUUCAAACAGUUGAUGAUCCCUCUCCACCAGGCCAUGCAUCAAGCUCCAUUGGCGUAAAGGGAACGGUUGGCUAUGCUCCUCCUGAAUAUGGUAUGGGAAAUAAAGUCUCAAUACAAGGUGAUGUCUACAGCUACGGAGUUCUCUUGCUUGAGGUUUUCACUGGAAGGCGACCGACAAAUGAGAUUUUCAAGAAUGGCCUGAGCCUACAUGGUUUUGUUAGAAGUGCUCUAUCAGAAAAGCUAAUAGCAAAAGUUGUGGAUCCUAUUCUUCUCAAUGAGUUGUCACUUGGCCAAGCAACCCAUUCCUACGUCAAUAGUAGCAGUAACAACUCAGAGGAAGCCAACUACAACAAAAGCCACAUACUAGAGGAGGCUCUGAUCUCCAUUCUCGAAAUAGGCGUUGCUUGUUCUCCAGACUCCCCGGAUGAGAGGAUUAGCAUGAGUGAGGUUGUAACUAGACUUGUCUCUUUGAAAACGUUGCUUCGUGAUAAACUUGCUCGAAGACGAAUGGGCGGGAGGUGAUGAUUAGCUUGCUUUGAUCGACAAUGCUGAUAUAGGUGCUUCUUCAUAUGGAUGCUUUUUCUGAAUUUAAAGAAUGUAUUUUGAGUCAUAUCAAGAUUGUAUGAAUUCAAAAUAAAGUUGAGUGUUUAACUCGUUUAACUGUUAGCGUACAACGACAACAUAUCGAGCUACGUGCAUCUAGUUUAAAAAUAGUGAGAUAUUGCCCAUUCUUGCUCUAACUUGCGAUUUUGUGCACUAUGUUAAAACAUGCUACAAGAGAUAUUGACGUGGAAAUGUGCGUGCAAUGGAUGUGCAGUCGCAAUACAUAAAGGGGGACCUCAUCGUCAAUGGCGGGUCUUCUGCCAUGGAACUAGAAGAAUGACCUCUUGUUGAAGGGAAGAUUUACCACGUUUCUAGCUAAAGCUUUGGCUUUUAUUGUGUCUUUUUGGGCUAGGAGUUCCGGUUUGGUGGUGCCAAUUUAGCCGCAUGAUAUGUCACUUCCAAAAACUAUCAUUCACGUACAGAAAUGCCGACCAUUUGCAUGUGUCGGCAUUGUCCAUAUUGUAACAUUAUGUCUCUUUCGUACUCCCCAAAAAUUAAGUUCAUAGAUUUGCAUUACCCAUGUUCCAAUGCCUAUGACAUCCAUGUGUAUUAGAUGAUGGCUUCAUGCCUCGUCCUCAAAAUGGAUUAGACCCUAAUGAGAGGUUAUGGACUAUAUGAUUUUGACUUCAUGGUAUGUAAAUUUUCAUCCAAAUCGUAAAAAUUUGUGAAAAAGGUUGCGUCUUAUGAAGAUUAUUGAACAAUCAAGUCAAGUAAUAGACUAGACAGAAAAUGGGUAGCAACAGAAAUGACGUGUAGAAAGAAAGUUAACAAAUUUUGUUGAGUCGUGUACUCGUGUUGUUCUCUCUAUUGUGUUUGGAGAGAGAAGACUUGGAUAGGUUACGGAUUGACCUAAGGUAAGGAAUGGAAACCUUGUGUGUGUGUAUAUGUUGAAGCAAGUUUCUAGAAGUUGGAAACUUGGGUUUGAUGAAGUCAUUAAGGAAUUUGAGAAUUUGGCUCUAUAGAUAACAAAGAUGAGUUUCACUUAAGAAAAAAAAAGAUAACAAAGAUGAGCCUUAUAUUUACAAGAAAGUUAGUGGAGCAACCGAGACAAAAUUUACCUUUCUAAAUUUGUAUGCACACACACAACACACACAUAUAUAUAUAUAGUUCAGGCUAGCGUACGCCCGGGCGUACCUUAGUCUACCGUACGCCCGUUGAGUUUUGCUAUUUAGACAAUGAAUUAACCGGAGUUUUUGGCAUGAUACUAUACCCUAACCUCUAAUGGAUAAACCCUAGUCCCUAAUUCACUAAUCCAAAGCAUAAUAUUCAUUUAAUCUUGAAAUGAAAAUCAACGGUCUUGAUUUGUCAAAAUUAUUGUUGAUUUAAUUUUUAAGAUUAAAUGAAUCUCAUGAGUUGGGUUAGAAAAUUAGGGACUAGGGUUUAUCCAUUAGAGGUUAGGGUAUAGUAUCAUGCCAAAAACUCCGGUUAAUUCAUGAUCUAAAUAGUAAAACUCAACGGGCGUACGGUAGACUAAGGUACGCCCGGGCGUACGCUAGCCUUUGCUAUAUAUAUAUAUAUAUAUAUAUAUAUAUAUAUAUUCUUUUAUACAUACUUAUUUACUACACAUUAAAGAUUUAUUUGUCGA